AUGCUUUUUCACAGUUCUGUGCGGCACGGUGGUGGUACAGGAACAGCCAGAAGUUCUGAAUUUGCGUUGGGUAAUCAGGACAGCCCUCAUCUAGCAGACAAAGACUUUUUCGGUGGACUGCCGUCAGCAUCAGCAGCUACUUCAGCAGCUACAGGUAUGGUGGGUUCAGGACUGGGAUCGCUGGAAAAUGCUGCAUCUGCAGCUUCUGCGACAGCUGCGGUCAGUGCAGUUAAUGUCAAUAUCAAUGCAAACGGAUCAAGCACUUCUAAUGGUACUGGGAUUUCUGUAGAACGGGUGAGGAAGUUGGAAUCGCUCAUUUCAUCGCAUCUCUCGCAGCUAAAUAUUGAGUCUGCCCUUUUUAUCGCAGAGUUAUUUUAUGCCGAGUGUUCCAGUUUGGAGGAUGAAUCGCGGGAAAAGACACUUGCAAGCUACUACUACGCCCUCAGUUUGUUUAUGGACGGGGACUACCACACUUCGAUGUUUAUUUCGAGUCCACUCAGGCACCAGAGCGUCGCAAAUGCCUAUAUCUAUGCCAGAUGCUGCUUGAAGCUGCGGAAAAACUACUCCAAUGCCUUAGACACGCUUUUGUCCUUACAGUACCAUUGGGAUAGCUCGCUACCACACUUUGGCUACCCGAAGAAAUCGACCAUCUGCCUCUUGGUCGGGAAGUUGUUCAGAUUGCUGGACCACGAUUCGAAAAGCGAGGCGUUUUUCAAGUCAUCUUUGGACGAGGACCCUUAUCUUUGGGAGGCCAGCGAGGAGCUUUGUAAGCUCAGGAGCCCGCUAGCCCUCACUGCAUUUGAACUUUCAACAUCAGUACCGUCUGUGCCAAUAGGAGCAGGUAAUCAACAAAGCCAGGGACAUGGUCAAGGACAAGGUCAAGGCCAGAGUAAGAUGCAAAACCAAGGACAAAACCAAAACCAAGGACAAAACCAAAACCACAGCCAAAGUCACAACCAUUCUCGGGUCCAGGGAUACAGUACCAACAGCCUGGACCCUAAAUCGAAAAAUAAACCCCAUACACCUUUCAAAGUCCCAACAAGGAAUAAACAAAACGUAUCGUUUUCCCAGAAUAAUUCGCUGUUAUCGUCCUCCAAUAUAGGAGCUUCAGUGUCGCCGCACUUCUUCAAAAAGACAAGAUUCACCACUACUCCAACAACAUCAGCGACAACUACAAACGCCAUCCCAAACAACAUGAAUGACAUUCCGCUGGAGAACAAAAAUAUUGGUGUUACCACACCCUCGAAGCUGUACGGAACAGAUUCUCACACAAAGCUACUAAGGUCUCCAAUGGAAAGAAAAAUCAUGACGGGUAGUUCGUUUAAUAGUAAUAAUAAUAACAACAAUAACGGAAUAAGCGACAACGCAAAUGCCAAUUCUAUACGGGGAAUGGUAUUCGAUCACGGUUUAGAAGAAUUGUUCUCCAAUUUCAUUCGCAUCGAAUACUGUAAGUGUAAAUACGAUUCGUUCAAAGCCAUUAGAAUCAUGCAGAGCAAAAUCCCACUGCAAUUAGCAGUGUCUAUGCCUUGGUGCCUAUCUUCUUUGGGUAAGCUUCAUUUCGAAUUGGGGAACUAUGAAAUGGCUAAAUCUUAUUUCAUUAAACUAAGAUCUCUCCAACCUACAAGAUUUAAGGAUAUGGACAUUUUCUCUACCAUACUGUGGCAUUUACAAGACAAAAUAACGUUGUCAUCAUUAUGCGCGGAGCUAUUGACUCUGGAUAAGUAUCACCCUGUUGCUUGGUGCACUUUAGGAAAUUUACACUCCUUGAAUAAAGAUCACGAUGAAGCUAUAUCGGCAUUUGGGAAAGCGAUCCAGCUGGAUCCAUUCUUUGCAUAUGCUUAUACUUUACAAGGCCACGAAUAUUCAAACAACGACUCAUUUGAUAAAGCCAAAUCUUGCUUCCGAAAGGCUUUGACUAUCGAUAAAACACAUUAUAAUGCUCUUUAUGGCCUCGGUAUGUGUUGCGUUAAACUUGGAAAAUUCGAAGAAGCGUUGCUUUACUUUGAGAAGGCUAGAGUCUUGAAUCCAGUAAACGUUAUAUUGAACUGCUGCUGUGGUGUCGCAUUAGAAAGGUUACAACAACCUGAAAAGGCCCUAAACUUUUACGAACUAGCAAAUGAAUUACAGCCUAACUCAUCCUUGGCAUUGUUCAAGAAAUCCCAAUUGUUAUUGAAUAUGGGACAGUACUCUUCUGCAUUGCAUAAUUUUGAAAGAUUAGUAACUCUUACCCCAGACGAGGCGCAUGUUCAUUUCUUGUUAGGAAACCUUUACCAAAUUGUAGGGAAAAAACAGGAUGCUAUGAACCAGUAUACUAUAGCCAUGAAUUUGGAUCCGAAGGGAAGCCAAUUAAUUAAGGAAGCCAUGGAAAAAUGCCACGAACAGGGAUAA